GGGCGGGACCAGGGCGGGCGGGCGCUGCAGCGCGGGUCGGCGAGAGCCGCUUACAGUUGGCGAGGUGGCUCGACGCGGCGGGGCGGCCGUCUACGGCGCUCCUCACAUCGGCCUUAAAAAAACCGCAUUUAGAGGCUUCGGGACUGCUGCCAUCGAUCGACUGACCGACUGACCGACUAAUCGACGGCUGGGGUUUUAGUUUGUUUUGAAAUAAAGUGUAUAUUCUAUUAUUUUCCUCCUCACACCGUCUCUCUUCGCCUCAAGAUGGCGGCGCGGCGCUGGCUGGCGGCGCUCAUGGUGCUGGCGCAUUCGAGCUGCUGCCUCCUCCUCGCCGCCGCCACCUCCUCUGAUCCCGAUCGCGAUCGCCAUCCACCUCGGGCCGGCUCCCCCACCCGCAGCCCCGUCGCCCUGCCUCCCUGCCCGGCGGGCUGCAGAUGCAGCGGGGAGCAGCUGGACUGCAGCAAACGAGCCUGGACGAGCAUCCCCCCUCAGCUGCCCGCCUGGGUCGUCUACCUAAAUUUAAGUUAUAAUAAACUGACCUCAAUCGAUCCCACUGCUUUCACAGAAUUGCCCAAACUACUUGAAGUGCGGCUUGAUCAUAAUGAGUUGACUGCGAUCCCCGAGAUGGAACUUGCUUCAGCCCACCUGGUCCAUCUAUAUCUACAUCACAACAAAAUCCGCACCAUUGAGGCAAAUCAUUUGAAGCUUUAUGAGUCCCUAGAAACAUUGGACCUAUCCUACAAUGAAAUAACUGAAAUCCGAAAUAAUUGUUUUCCACAGCAUCUCAAACUUAAAGACUUAUAUCUGGGUAAUAAUCGAAUAAAUAUUGUGGAACCUGGCACAUUUGAUAAUUUGUCGAGCACCUUACAAGUUCUUCGGCUAAGCAAAAAUCGAAUUUCGCACCUGCCUGUCAAGGUCUUCAAGCUACCACAUUUGGUUCAACUUGAACUGAACCGGAACAAGAUACAUCUCAUCGAUGGGCUAACAUUUCAUGGACUAGACAGCUUGGAAGUCCUUAAGCUGCAGCGGAAUAACAUCAGCAAGCUCAUGGAUGGAGCCUUUUGGGGUCUUGCCAAGAUGCAAGUUCUGCAUUUGGAUAACAACAUCUUGAAUGAAGUGACAAGUGGCUGGCUUUAUGGACUGUCUUCCCUGCAGCAGCUUUUCUUGAGCUACAACAGCAUCUCUCGAAUAAACCCUGAUGCUUGGGGAUUCUGCCAGAAGCUAGUAGAACUGAAUCUUUCACACAACAAUCUAAUGAGAUUGGAUGAAGGAAACUUAGCGGGACUGAGUGGACUGCAGAUUCUGCGCCUAAGCCACAACUCAAUAAAUCAUAUUGCAGAUGGAGCUUUUAAAGGAUUAAGAAAUCUACAAGUAUUGGAAGUGGACAAUAAUGAAAUCUCAGGGAUAAUAGAAGAUACAAAUGGGGCCUUUUCUGGCUUGGAUAGUCUAAGCAAGCUGACACUGUUUGGAAACAAGAUCAAAUCUGUGGCCAAAAAAGCUUUUGUGGGGCUGGAGGCCCUUGAACACCUAAAUCUGGGGAAUAAUAUGAUCCGAUCUAUUCAAGGAGAAGCGUUUUCCAGAAUGAAGAAUCUAAAGGAAUUAUAUAUGAACUGUGAUAGUUUUUUGUGUGAUUGCCAAUUAAAAUGGCUGCCACAAUGGCUCUUAGGAAGAGAUUUCCAAUCAAAUGUAGUUGGCACAUGUGCUCAUCCAGAAUCACUAAAAGGAAAAAGUAUCUUUAUUGUGCCUGCAGAAAGUUUUGUUUGUGAUGACUUUCCAAAGCCUCAGAUCAUUGUUCAGCCUGAGACCACCAUGGCUAUGCUUGGCAGAAAUAUUCAUUUUACUUGUUCAGCUGCAAGCAGUAGCAACUUCCCAAUGAUAUUUGCCUGGAAAAAAGAUCACGAGAUUCUACACAAUGCCGAGAUUGAGAACUUUGCACACGUUCGGGCAAAGGAUGGUGAAGUAAUGGAAUAUACCACCAUUCUUCAUUUAAGAAAUGUGAAAUUUUCAGAUGAAGGAAAAUAUCAGUGUAUGAUAACUAACAACUUUGGCUCGACUUACUCUACUCGAGCCAAGCUUACAGUUAACGUGUUGCCAUCAUUUGUUAAAAUGCCAAGAGAUAUAACUAUCAGAACAGGAGCCAAUGCUCGGCUCGAAUGUGCGGCUACUGGCCACCCUGCUCCACAGAUUGCAUGGCAGAAGGAUGGCGGGACAGAUUUUCCUGCAGCCCGUGAAAGGAGGAUGCACGUGAUGCCUGAAGAUGAUGUUUUCUUUAUUGUGGAUGUAAAAACUGAAGAUAUGGGAGUUUACAGUUGUACAGCUCAAAAUAUUGCAGGGGCAAUAUCUGCUAAUGCAUCCCUCACAAUAUUGGAAACUCCAUCAUUGAUUUAUCCGCUUGAAGAUCAAACAGUAGUGAUUGGGGAAACUAUUGCUCUGCAGUGCAUGGCAUCGGGAAGCCCUUCUCCACGAAUAACCUGGUUAAAGGGCGAUGAACCCCUCGUGGUUACACAGAGGCAUCACUUCACGCCUGGAAACCAACUGCUGAUCAUACGGAAUGUGGUGUCGGACGACGGGGGCAAAUAUACAUGCGAGAUGUCCAAUCCACUGGGCACUGAACGAGCUCACAGUCACCUCAGCAUUUUGCCGUCGUCGGCUUGUGUGGUGGGACGAAACAAACAGGAUGCAACGAUGACCGUGGGCAUUGUCAUCAUUGCAGUGGUCUGCAGCAUUGUCAUCACCUCUCUGGUUUGGGUAUGCAUCAUCUAUCAGACCAGGAAGAAGAGUGAAGAAUACAGUGUGACAAAUACAGAUGAAACCAUCGUGCCGCCAGAUGUACCCAGUUGCCUCUCCUCACAAGGAACACUCUCUGAACGCCAGGAUACUUCUCUCAGGGUGGAUGGGAGCAGCAAUUUGCAACUAGCAGCAGCAAUGCCCAGCAGACAUACAGAGAGCAAUGGUAUAUGUCGGACUGAUGCUGGAAACUAUGCAGAUGUGGACAAUCACAAUAUUUCCUAUUGGAAAGCAAAGCAUUGUGUUGGAUGCAAUAUUAAAGAUAGAUGUAAACAUGCAACAGAAGGAAGACUGUGCCCAGAAAAUCCAGGUUUGUUUGAUGUCCAACCCAUAGUUUGCAUGGAUCAGUUUGAUAAUGCCAACACUUCAAGCCCUUAUGGAAGUACGGAUUAUUCUCCUGAAGAUGCUAAAGGACAGAAUAUAAUCAAUGGAGGAAUUUUUAAUCAUCCAUGCAAUGGGACUUUCAGUAGCAUGAAGGAAAGGCAAGGGCCUGUUUAUCCCAGCAACCACGAUAGGAUGCCCCAAAAUCUACAGGUUGUAAAGAUUGUUGCCAAUAAAGGUACAUCUUUCCAACCUGUGCAGUUGACUCAGGAACUUCACAAUCCUGAACAUCUUCCAUCUUUGGAGGCCUCGGGCAAUCCAGCAUUGUUGUGUGAGAGACCUCGAACUUUAUCGCGCAGUGACUCUGAAGUUGACACCAAACAGACUUUGCUACUUAAUGGGCAGUUGCUACAUUCAUGAGACUUCACCUGAAAAGCAGAAGUAGUUUGCAGAAGAAUGCAAAUGUACACCUGUGCACUGAAAAUGUUGUCAGCUUUUUGUUACUACCUCACCACCUUUAGCUACCUCUCCAAGAUGAAGAGAUGUGGCAGGACACAGCUUGUAUAGGGGAAGACCUGUACGAGCGUUCUUUAACUGUGUAUAUACAUUUUUUUAAGCUUCCUUGGGAAGAAUUAGUAGCUCGGCAAUUUACUUGCUUCUGAAGCGUGUAAAUGCGGGGAAUAAUAAUGUACAAAGGAAUGUUUUGUUUUAUAUGUUUGUAUAUAAGAGUUUCUUAUGUAUCUUUUGCAGAAGAUAUUUUAAACCUAUUUAGUGCAUGAAUAACAUGAACUUUAAGAAUUUUUGAAAACUCGUUUGGUUGCUGUUUUUAAAUUUUGUAAAACCCUCUGGUGCCUUAUUACAAGAGGUUAUAAUGAAAGUAACAUUGCUCAGAUAAAUCUACUUACCUUUGUUCUAAAUGGCUUGUUACAAUUAACGUCGACAAAACUUCUGGGGAUUGCACACAUUUGAUAAAGGAUCUAAUUUACCAUAGGCAUUUUUGGAGUUUAAAAAAACAUAACUUUUCAGUAGCAGUUACCCAAGUUUCCCAUAGAAAUAUUUCAAAUUACAGAAAAGUUACCCAGAGCAGCAUGAUUACAGAACUCAAACAUGAUAGCAGAAUUUGUAUUGUCACUCACUAUCUGCCAAUGGGUCACUGGUAAAAGUUGAAAAUGCAUCUUGUUUAUAAACUACUUGUUUGUUCACUUGAAGUCUUCUCAUGAGCUGUUGAGCAGUAUCCUUCCAUAUGGGUAAUUUGAGAAAUUGCUAGACUGUGUCAAGCAAAAUGGCAUUUGAGGUAAAUACUGCUACAAUAGUCUGAAUUUGCAAGUUUAUUUAGAAAUUAUGAACGCUGCACAAUUUGGAGAUUGAACUAAGGAUCUUUAGUGUGCAACUUUAUAAUUUAAACCUGAUAACUUACCCUUGCCUACAUAUUUCUGUUGAAACUGCUUCAGAGACACCAAGUAAAAUGACUAUGUCAGUAUUUCCUUUUAUAUGUUACCAGAAAGGACACGGCAAAGCUGCUUAAUGGAGGCAAAUUGAGGAAGUGUUACUUUUCUGCACAAAUAUUUAUUUAUACAAUUUGCUAAAAAAUAUACAUAUUACAGAAAUGUAAAAUAUAGAAAUGUCUAACAAAAUAAUUGAAGGUUCUAAUAAAAAUCAAUUUAUAUUAUA